CCUUCCGUCCCACUUCUUUGCUGAGAAGCUCUCGCUUGCAGCCACUGGUGCUUGUCCGUGGAGGCCCCCUUGGGUAGGGCCUGCAGCUCCCUCCCAUCUCAGGCCCCAGAACCGCCCGCUUCCCCUCUGUGGGAGCCGCCGCGCAUGUCCGCUUCGUGCUGCUCCGACCCGUAUUUCUAUCAUUUGUCCCCGGCCCGUGCAGGGUCCAAGGGCAGACAGCCAUGAAGAGGCUGGGCUGGGACCGGACCCUUCCCGGAGCCGAUGCCCUGCGGACGGGGGCCGGAGGAAGCUUCAGCACCGCUCCCUGCCCGGGCCGGAGCCUGCCAACCCGCCCUCUGCGUUGCGGGGGCGGGCUGAGGCGCCGCAAGGAUGAGGCGGGGAUGACGAUCCCGGGCAGCCUGGGCAAACGCAGGGGACUCGAACUCGUCCGCUGUGGGACUGCAGGAAACUCCGCGUGAACGGUUGGCGCAGGCGCUCUGGGUGCCUGUGAAGAGCAGGAGGCGCCUUCCCAGAGUCACUCACGCGGAGGCGGAGAGAAGGCACGGGGCAAAGGCGGUGCUGAGGGGCUUCUCUGGGCCCCAACCCGGGCUCUUGUGGCCCUUUGUGCCGGGGCAGAGAGGCCUCCCUGGGCCAACCCUGGGCCGCCUGCAAGAAUCCCGGGAGGACCAGGGAGAAAGAGGGCGGGGCGCACAAGGAUGCCGGGGAAGGGGUGCCGCGCCCCUCCGCCGACUACUCUGCCUUCAGGACGUUAACUGGGCGGCGGGGCCGAAUCCUCGAGGGUCAAAGCCCUGACAGAGUCCCCGCGCCGCGGCUGGAAUGGCAGGCUCUGAGCCCGGGAGGUCACUACCGUGGUGCAAUGCACAAGCUCCACAAAGGGUGGUUCGCCGCAUUUAUUUGCAGGUCACGUUUCCUUAGUGGCCAAGAACACGUUUAAGUCGCACCCCACAGAGGAGAUGGACCUCACGCUUUCCAGCCCACCAGGGAGCACCCUGGGUGUGCGUGCGCGCGCGCGCGGGUAUAUGUGCGCGUGUGCGCGCAUCCUGAAGUCUCUAUUGGUGAUUGUACUCUACCACAGCAGUGCCACCUACUGGCUUUAAUGAAGAGCGUCACUGCAUGGAGGGAAGAAAACUGCCUGGCCCUACAAGUCAGAGCUACUGGAAGCGUCCAGACUGGUUUGGACAGAGCACCUGGCACCGCACUAAGCACAAAGUGGUCGGUUUUUAAAUACUUGCUUGCAGUGUCUGAAGGGACCAAGACAAAGUUACUUGAGCAAGUGUCCUGGCUGGAGGAACAACUAGAGACAGCUGAUAUUAAGGAAGUAAGGGGGGAACCAUAUGAAGAAAUCAUGCAUGCCAAAAACCAGCGCAUAGAGAAAUUACAAGCUGAAGUUAAAGCUUCACAAGAACAACUUGCUGCUCAUAAACUUAAGCACAAAAGGAAAAUGAAAAAGCUGCAGACUGAUUUGGCAACAGCUAAGCAGGAGGCUGCCAUCACGGUGCUGGAACUCAAUGAAAAGAUAAAGACUCUUUAUGAAGGAAAGCCAAGCCCUAGAGGCUGCCUCAGGAUCUCCUUCAGGCUCCUCAAAUGUAAGAUCAGCACCAUAAGGACCUGCAUUUUAGCUACACGGAUACCAGAAGAAAACUCUCUGGAAGAAUCUUGCGGAGGUCUCCCACCUGUGGAAGAAGGAGAUAGAAGAAUGAGUCUGAUUAUGGAGUUGUCCACCCAAGUUUCGCUACAGACAGAAAAGAUCAAUCAGCUAGAAGAAGUUCUGGAGGAGAAGGAAAGGAAGAUACAGCAGCUGGAAGCAGAGCGAGAGACUCCAAUGUUCCAAAUGGGAAGCCCUCCAGAAUGUUUACCAGAAGCGCCGAGUGCUAGUAAUGAUAGAACUUCUGCAGUGGACAUUGAUUGACAAUUUAUAAAGAUUGCUUAGUAAGCAGAAAAUAAACGUGUAUUAAGUGACAUCAAGCUAGAUACCAAACUAAUCUCAAGUUCAGGAUGAUCUGUUGGAAAGAGACAGAGGAAAGAAUUCAGAAGCAAAGACAAAGCCCAUCCUUUGGAUUCUCCAUUACGUAGCCAGAUAUCUUCAGGGUCCAGGAAGUCAGACUUUCAGUCAGGGCUCUAAUGGUAUCUCUGAAUCAUUGGCCAGGCCUCCGCAGCAGUGGGGCAUGUUGGGAGGGAGAGGCACGGAGGAAGUUAAGUAGCAAAGAAGCCCAAUGAAGCUGCCCUUGGAGGAAGAAAAUGGCCCAGACUCCUCUCCACAGCCGUUUAUGAAAGGAGAAUUGUCAAGCAGUGACAAAGUUUGAACUGGUGAACUCUGCGGGGAGGGUGCCAGGGAAGGAAAAGAAGCAUUAGCGAUUCAGCACAGUAAAUAAGAAUGUGUUCUGCUC